CGCGACAUCUCCAAUAACUCAUACCGAAUUUGUUCGCCACUUUCAAUAUUAAAGAAAUACUACUAAUUGUAAUACCCAUAUUUACAGUAUAUAUAUACCAAUUGAUUGUUUAAGUAGUUGAUUAAUAUUAACUAAUUGAGAUUAGAAAAUCAGUCACUUAAAUAAAAAAUGUCAGGAUCAGCAGGAUUUGAUAGACAUAUUACUAUCUUUUCACCCGAAGGUAGAUUAUUUCAAGUUGAAUAUGCAUUUAAAGCAAUUAAUUCAGCAAAUAUUACAUCAUUAGGAGUUAGUGGAAAGGAUUCAGCAGUAUUAAUUUCUCAAAAGAAAAUCCCAGAUAAAUUAUUAGAUCCAAAAACUGUAUCAUAUUUAUUUAAAAUAACUCCAUCAAUUGGUUUAGUAGCUACUGGUUCAAUUGCUGAUGCAAGAUCUCAAGCUUUAAGAGCAAGAGCUGAAGCUACUGAAUUUCGUUAUAAAUAUGGUUAUGAAAUGCCAGUUGAAAGUUUAGCUAAAAGAAUGGCUAAUUUAUCUCAAAUAUAUACCCAAAGAGCUUAUAUGAGACCAUUAGGAGUUGCAUUAACAUUUUGUCAAGUUGAUUUUGAAGAUGAAAAUAGAGGUCCACAAAUUUUUAAAUGUGAUCCUGCUGGUUAUUAUACUGGAUUUAAAGCAGUUGCUACAGGACCUAAACAACAAGAAGCUAUUACAUAUUUAGAAAAGAAAUUUAAAAAGACUGAUCAUGUUAAGGGAGAUUGGAAAGAUACUGUUGAAUUUGCUAUUACAGCUUUAAGUUCUGUUGUAGGUACAGAAUUUAGAAAAAAUGAUAUAGAAAUAGGGGUAGCUACUGAAGAAGGAUUCCGAAUCUUAUCUCCUGAAGAAAUUGAUGAAAGAUUAGUAGCAAUUGCUGAACAGGACUAAGUAGUCUA